CGUCAGCCUCUUUCCAAUCUCGAUGAUGGAUCCUGUUUGCAUUUGCGGAGAAAGGAGAAAUCAGGAAAUCGGCUUUGGUUCUAGACAUUUAAAAAUAUUCUAUCUUCUGGUGGAGUUUUUCUGUAUCCUUCUCUCUACAUCUUCAUUCCAACACUUUCUUCCCUCCCCCCAUUUACACUUUGAUCUUAUUCCCGGGCCGCAAUAUGUCGUCAUCAUCCGCUGAGCAGAGAAGCGAUCUCGAGGAGGAGCAGCUCGAGCAGGAGAAGCCCGUGCGAAAGACAAAGACCAAGAAGCAAAAGUCCGAGCGACGCAAGCGACGCGCCCGAUUCGAAGACUACGAUGACGAGCAGGACAACAGCCAGAUGGCCCAAAGCAACUACAACGCUCAGCAGCAGCAGUUGCAGCAACAACAAAUGCAGCAGCAACAACAGCAACAGAUGCAACAGCAGCAGCAACAGGGUGGUGGUGGAAAGAGUGAUGCCCUCUCCCUGCAUCUUGAAUUGAACCUUGAGAUUGAGAUUCAGCUUAAGGCGAGAAUCCAUGGUGAUCUUACUCUUUGCUUGCUGAACUAAAUAACGGCUAUGACCUUUAGGUUGUUGUUCAUGUGGGAAAACAAUGAACGACAUAUGACUUGGGUUGGUGGCGUUGGGGCUCCAUUUGCACUUCCUUGGAUUUUUACACAUAUAUGUUCAACAGUACUCUUUGACACGUCUAAGACAUUGUCUGUCUAUUUUAUAUACUUAUUACCAUUUUGAUCAUCUUUUUUCCAGAAGCUAGUGACCGUUGAACGCCCGGACGUUGACUAGCCUUGAGAUAGCCUCAGAUUUGCCAUGUUAGCUCUGAAACCAUCGAAGGAUCAGCUAGUGCUGCUAAUCAAGGUCUGAUCUUCAGGCCCAUCGAAGUUCUAGCCAGACUGUACGUAGCCGCACAGCCACGUAAGCCUCCGUCAUCUUGCACGCGACAACUCCACACUCGCGUCACCAUGGUGUUUUACAACAGGGGAGAUGCAUCACCAUCAUCAUCAUCAUCAUUGAUGCUGAUAAGGAUUGAGGUGAACAAACAGGAAACAGUUCUAUGCCUCGUCAUAUAAUGAUUUUACUACUACAUGUUUUUAAGAGUGCACUUAAGGUUUAGAAUUAACACUUAUCUCCUUAUCACCGUCAAUAUAGCUACUCUAUGUUAUUAUUGUA